GAAUGAAUGUGAGUUUAUAAGAGCCUCCUUUGAGUGUGUGUUUGUGAAAAAUGCGAUGUCCAAGAUGCCUGAUGCCUGGGCCUGGCCACAUAAGCCCUACCCCUGGGUGUUAGCCCAGAGCGUCCCAGGGAAGUCUGUACCUGAGGUUCUAGAAACUUCACACCAGCCUCUGGUCUCAGAAUAGGAAGCAUGGCUACUGGACCAGUUUCCAGGAUGGAAUCCAGAGAGCGUGAGUCCUCCCUGGGCUGGGGGCCCAGGCUGGGUGGUGCAGCCACAGCCGCCUGAAGUUUCGAGGAAGAGGGGCGGAAACAGCUGCGGCCCCGCCCUUCCAGGCUCUGCGGGCUCCUGCGGUCUGCUGGUCACAGCGGUCCCGUGACUUCCUCACUUCCCUAAAUGGGCAGGUUCACGUUGAGAAGCCCAGGUUCUCCCCUGGCUGACCCAAGGGGUCUAUCCUGCACCUUCCGGGGACCCUGAUCUUGGGCCCCAGGUGUCGGCCCCUCUGGCCUGUGCCUGCCGGCAGCUGGAUGGAGCCAUGGCUCCCACGCUGCUCCUGCUGCUGCUCCUGCUGUGGCUCCAGGGCUGCACCUCAGGUGUCCCCACCGAGAACGUGUACUCCAAAGUGCAACACUUUGAAGGGGAGACUCUGUCUGUGCAGUGCUCCUACAAGAACCGCAAGAAACACGUGGAGGGCAAGGUUUGGUGCAAAAUCAGGAGGAAGAAGUGUGAGCCUGGGUUUACCCGGGUCUGGGCACCAGGGCCACGCUACCUGCUACAGGACGAUACCCAGGCCAAGGUGGUCAACAUCACUAUGGUGGCCCUCAGGCGCCAGGACUCAGGCCGGUACUGGUGCAUGCGUAACAGCUCCGGGACCCUCUACCCUCUGAUGGGAUUCCAGCUGGAAGUGUCUCCAGUCCCCACAGCUGAGAGAAACACUCCUCGCACACAGCUGGCCGGCAUCCUCAAGAGUGGAGUGGUCGUCACAACAGGCCACGCCCCCACCUCAGGCCCAGGGGCCCCCUUCACCACCAGCGUCAGGAUGCUCACACCCGGAGUCCUCACCUUGACCAGACUCUUGCCCUCUACUGCCUCGGGGACCAUCAGGCUGAGCUCCAUGUCGGGCUACAGCCCCUCCACCCCAAAGCCCACGAGGAUCACGGCCCAGACGGUGACUGCGUCUCCCAGCCAUGCCAGAGCCUCCUCGGCGGCCCCGGCAUCCGUCUCCACCAAGGCCGGGCCACUGCGCCCCAUGCCACCCACCAUGAGAAUGUGCCACACCAGCCGGUCGCUCCUCAACAAAUUACCCCCCAUCAGGCCCCGGGAUGCUAACCCCACUGUGCUGGCGGGCGUGCUGUCCUUGCUGUCGGUGCCUGUGGUGAUGAUGGCGGUCUAUGGCUUCUGGAAGAAGAGACACGUGGGCAGCUACAGCAUUUGCCGGAGCCCUGCCAGGCCCUGGAGGGACCCGCUUGGAAGGCCGGAGCCUCCGUGGAAGCCUGCGUGGUUUAAGGCCACUUACGGAGUGGGGGAGCUUUUCCCCGAGGGACUCCAGGAGGUCACAGAAGUGAAGACGGGGACCUGUCUGGAUUGGAGCCAGGUUGGGGGGUGAGGAUUGUGCACGGAUGGGCUCAGGCCUCCCUAACCCGGCUGCACCUCACCCGCCCAGGCCCAGCUGCAGGAGCCUGGGGAGGGCCCCGGAGGGGACUCCGCAGGAAGCCCAGGAAGCCCUGAGGGAAUCUGCUCAGAGCCUGGCCCAGCGGCCUGUUGCUGUUUACAGACAGAGCCUCAGCUCCCAAGGCCUCAAACACCUGCCACCCAGCGGAGGGGAGCGGGGCGGGGUGGCCAGCUGCUCUCUCCCCACCAGGACCUUGUGUCCUCAGCUGCCCUCUGCUCCCCUCCAGCUUCCCCGUGAACUUGGGGAAGAAAGUCCCAGAGGUCCAGUGGCCUGUCCUGGAGGAGGAGAAGGUGACUAAGAGCUGGGGGUCCCGGAGCCACUGGCAGCAGGGUCCCCAGAGCUGUCCAGCCCGGCCCUGCGGCCAUGUUCCCUCCGACCGACCUCCGAUGGCCAGGCUGCUUCUCCCUCAAGUCCUGAGAGCCAGCAGGGCCCACCCGCUCAACGCUGCCACCUGCCGGCCAGCCCCUCCUGGGACAGCUGUGACCAGCAGCCCCUCAUGGCAGGACCAGCCUGACCCCAGACUGGGGUGCAGAGGUUGAACUCAGGACUGUCUCCCCCAGUCCCUACCUGGCUUCCAGAUCUGGGCUCUUGGAGGGUCCCCUGUAGGAGGGGGCCACAGCUCAGGGAGGGGGGACUGCCACCCCCCACACACCCCUCCUUCCAGGGCGUCCUCCCCUGGGGAGAGAGGAGCCACUGUGACACAGGGAGACAGCUCAGAGCUCCCACAGCCCAGGACUGCAGUGGGCAGGACCAAUGGGGUGGAUGCAGCCCAGGAGCCUGGCCCAGUGGCUUGCCAUGUCCCAUGAGGGGCUGGCAGGUGGCAGGAGGCAAGUGCCCCUGCCUCACAGGCUCCUGGCUCAUGCCUGGCCCCUCCUGCAGGGAAAGCUGGACAUCCGGCUGCAUUUGUCCCCUGAAGAGGCGUCUGCAGCCUGGACUGACUGGAGAAGCACGUGGGUCUAGAUGUGGCAUCUCUACUCGGCCCUGGGACAGGGGCCCCCCCGGUGGGAGAGCAAAUGUCAUGGUCAGGAGACGGACACAGCCAGGGCCUUAGUGGGGCCACUCCAAGAUGGAAAUGGGGAGAGAAGGGGGCUGGGGGUGAUCCUAUGGGACCAUCGGAAGGAGGCAUUUCUUCCCUGUGUCCUGGAGAGGGCGCCAGAGGGGAGGCUCAACUGGAACUGGCUGGCCUGGUGCUGACACACACACACACACACACACACACACACACACACACACACACACACACACGACAUCUGUCCUCCCCACCAGGAAGGGGUGGCUACCGCCUGCUGUACAACUUGGAGGGAGUUUAAGUCACCUGGGGAAACGGGUCCCCGGGAGCCCCCUCCAUGGAGGCCUGACAGCAGCUGGACGGCCCUGUCACCUAGGAGACCAGACUGUCCCGCGGAGAGCGCUGCCCAGGCCUCAGGACCGGGACCAGGGACCAGGGUUGCCACCUGUCCCGGGGGACCCUGCACACGUCACCAACCCUCCCGGGCCUCAAUUUUCUUCUCCUUUGGAAGGGGACAUUCAUUCCUACCUCAAGACUUUUCAGAAUAAAAACGGAAGGGAUGUGAACUUGAUGCAACUGAGCACAUGCGUUGUGAUUGCUGGUCCUCAAGUCCUUUUCAAGUUUAAUAGUGUGUGUCAUCU